AUGGGAAAGGGUUACAACAACUACAUGUGUAAGAAGUUUUUCCACCCAACAAACUUUGAAAACAUAAAGAGGAAGUGGAUGGCGGAGCAGAAGGAGGAGUUCGACAGCAAGAGAGAACAGGAGAGACUUACCCAAUAUCGUCGUGAACAGGAGAUACUAGAAAAUCGUGUUCUUCUCGGCGAUGAGAAAGCGCGCCUGGGGCUGGCGUGGAUGUAUGACCAACCAGCUGUUAUGGAGCCGGAGAAAGAGGCAGACAGGAAUGAUGCGAAAUUCGAAUGGCAGCGGAAGUAUAAUGCUCCUCGCGAAAGUUACUGCAAGAAUUCUUCUGAUGUUACUGAUCAGCCGUUUGGCAUUGAAGUAAGGAACGUACGUUGCAUGCGCUGUAAACAGUGGGGACACUUGAACACAGACCGGACCUGCCCGCUGUAUGGACAAUCGUUCACCCAAGAGCCGACGGCAGGUACUUUGCGUUCUCUGGAUCGUGCGAAGUCUAACUUGCGUAAGGAGGGCUUGGCAUUUAAGAAAUCAGCUGAAUCUACUGGUCUAAAUGCGAUCGUUUACAAAGCUAAGUGUGCUAUCUCGAGUUCUCGGGGAUUAGAUCCCGAGGCAGUGGAGCACGAAUUGACGGUUGAAUUCCUCAGAUCCUUGUCGGAAAAACAACGAGAAAGGCUGCUUAAAAAACUUAGUAAACUGUCACAGGACGAUGGAACUUUUUCCUCGAAGAAGCACAAGAAGAAGAGGAAGCAUUCCCAUCAUUGA